UAUAAAAGUAAAACAUGCCCGUCACAUACGGGGUUAAAAACUAGUUACUCUCGUCUGCUUGUAAGAUUUGGGUUUUUGCAUCGUUCCUUCACUCCCAGGCUGGGCGAGUGAGAUGGCGAACCUUGGUAGAUCACAGUGACACACAGAGACACACGAAGAUAUACGGAGAAACUCGGGAUAUAUCGGAGACACAGGCAGACGCAGGAAGAUACAGUAAGACACUAGAACAGUCGAAGAAAGGCAAAGAGACCAUUUCGGACAGAUAAAGAUAUACGGAGAUACAUUAGGACGGACACAUACGGAGACGCAAGGUGACACGUUAGGACGGACACAUCUAUACGGAAACACAAGAAGUCACACGAGGACACACGUAAACACUCGCAGACGCCAUGAGCAACACGGAAGACAUGAUGGCCAAGCUGGAGGACACACAAGAGUGGCUCAACAUGCCGCCGUUACCUCACGACACGACCGUGCACAUGGGGGAGUCUAUAGCCAACGGCUACACGGAGAUCGUGGAUGGGACGGAUAGCUACCUGGCCUCUUCAGAGUUCGAGCUUGACAUUGGCAAUAGAGACGCUAUCAAGAAACAGGUGAAAACUUUUUGCCGCAAGACCUUCACGCUACAAAACUUUUUGGCCAAGUUUCCAAUCAUCAAGUGGCUCCCUAAGUACAGGUGCGACACGUUCCAGGCUGAUUUCAUCGCUGGGAUAACAGUGGGAUUAACGGUAAUCCCUCAAGGUCUUGCAUAUGCUCAGGUGGCUGAUCUACCUGCACAGUACGGCCUCUACUCGGCAUUUGUCGGAUGUUUUGUCUACUGCCUUCUGGGAACGUCCAAAGACAUCACUCUAGGACCAACGGCCAUCUUGUCCCUGCUGACCGCGACUUUUGGCACGGCUGUGUCCCCCGUGUUACCCAACGGGGAGAAGGAUCCGACCAUGACGAUAGUACUCACCUUCUUGACCGGCGUCAUACAGCUCGUCAUGGGCAUCUUAAAACUAGGUAUUCUCGUUAACUUCAUAUCGUACCCGGUCAUUAAUGCCUUCACUUCCGCCGCCGCCAUCACAAUUGCCAUUGGACAAAUCAAAUCUCUGCUCGGUUUGAAGAACAUCCCCAACGACUUUAUCCCGAUGGUUCACGAGACUUGCCGGAAAUUACCGGAAACAAAAAUCUGGGAUAUGACCAUGGGCCUGUCCAGUCUGGUACUGGUCAUCUUGUUAAAGAAGCUGCGAGAGAUCAAGUGGAAGGACGCAGAUACGUCACAUCCGGUGCCAUUGUCAAAACGCAUCCUGAGGAAAACAUUGUGGCUCAUAGGCACAUCCGCUAACGUCAUCGUGGUGGUAUCGGCUGCUGGUGUGGUCGCCAUCUUGGAAACUUACAACAUCAAAAACGUCAUCAGCGUAACGGGUAAAAUCAAGGCCGGCAUGCCACCAUUUGAGCCGCCAAAGUUUGAAAUCAACAAGGGGAACAUCACCAUGUCUAGUGGGGAACUGUUUAGUCAUCUUGGAGCUGGUCUUGGCAUCGUGCCACUUCUCGCUAUUGUUGAGACGAUGGCAAUUGGAAAAGCUUUUGCCCGAGCAAACAACUACAAACUGGACCCUACACAAGAGUUGAUUGCUGUUGGAGCGUCCAACAUUCUUAGCUCGUUCUGUUCAUCUUACCCGAUAACUGGGAGCUUUUCAAGAACUGCCGUCAACUCCCAGAGUGGUGUGAAGACACCCAUGGGCGGGAUAUGGACUGGCGGGCUGGUGAUCCUGGCCCUGUGUGUGCUGACCCCGUGGUUUUACUACAUCCCAAAGUCAGCUCUCGCAGCCGUUAUCAUCGCAGCCGUGCUGCAGAUGGUGGAGUUUCAUGUGGUCAUUCAACUGUGGCGGGCCAACAAACUUGACCUCUUUCCUUUCUUCAUUACUUUCAUCUGUUCGCUCAUCGUUGGUAUAGAGUAUGGGAUUCUAAUCGGAGUUGGAGUUUCCGUCCUGAUGUUGCUAUACCCGACAGCUCGUCCUAAAGUCAAGUACCUGGCUACUAAAGGGUUCUUGAUGGUCACCCCACUCCACGGGCUCAACUUUCCUGCUGCUGAAUACCUAGAGAUUCAGGCACUGGACAGGGCAUUGACAGAGGACAAGAUUCGCUACAUCGUGCUGGACAUGGAGCACCUGUCUUCCAUGGACUUCACGGCUGUCCAGUCGGUCAAGGCCCUGAUGUUGGACUGCAACAAACACGAGAUCAAGCUGGUGCUGGCGAAUGGACGGCCUCACGUGAAUAGACAACUAAAGAAUGCAGACAUCAAGAAUCUGAUUGUUAUGAAAACGGUGAAGGACGUCAUCGACAAGUUUUCAACAAGGGAGGAAGGAAGUCCGGCUGUGAUAGCCGAAGAGAUUCAUCACGUGGUACAGGAUCAGCCAGUCGUUAGCCUGGAUAUCCCUUUUAUUAGUCGUCUGUGAUUGGUCCAACUUGUUCGUUCACUCUACAUGCUCACAAGCUGUUAACUCGCCCACUAUAGAAGCAAAAACUGUCGACCUUAUUCCCAUUACACCAUCAGAAGUGCGAACCCCCCCCCCCUCCUCCAACUAUACCAUCGCAAAAUAUCGACCAGACCCCUUCCUAUGAUACCAUCACAAGUUUCGACCCCCUCCCCCAUACCAUCACCAAGUGUCGAUCCAUCCCCUAUAAACUGUCGACCAACCUUUACUUACCAUCCCAAAAUCUCGACCAUCACAAGUUGUGGACUUCCACCUCACCCUCACAAACAGUGGAGUCCCAUCUACCAUCACUAUGUGAGGUACGUGUGGGUCUCCUGAAAUAGUUGGACUCAUCUUUUUAUACAGGGGAUGUGUACAAAUGAUCUAAGGAUGUGUUUAAUAUAUGAAUAGAAAAAAAGUUAAAUUCUAACACGCACUACUUUGUUUACUUAUAUAAAUAUGUAUAUAUACAACUAUAUAUAUAUGAUUAACGCAUUUGAAAAUUGUCUAUAUAUGCACUCACAUAAUUAAACUAUUGUACAUAAUGUAAUAGCUUUUAUACAGUGCCCCAAGUCAAAUGCUAAUAAAAUAUAUCCAAUAGUAACUUGUUGCCUCUCUUCAUGUCCUGAGGUCACUGGUGUCAAAGGUCAUCAUUUGAGGAUCAAUGCAGGAUUGUUGAUGGUUUCAGAUUGUAUAUUGUUAGAUGAUUGCCGAUUUUUGGAAGAUUUUAGAGUGUUGGAUUAUUGUAGAUUGCUAUAGUAUUGUAGAUUGCUAUAGGAUUGCAGGUGUAUUGUAGACUGUUGUAGGAUUGUCGACUGUGUAUUGUUGAAUGAUUGUGGAUUGUUGGACUAUUGUAGAUUAUUGGAUGCUUGAAGAUUGUUAGAGGAUUGUGUAUUGCUGGAUGACUGUAUCUUGCUAUUGGAUUGUAACCGCUGUAUGAUUGUAGAAGGUUGGAAAAUUGUAGCUUAUAUAGGAUUGUACACCGAAAAACGGAUGUGUGUGUUGGGAAAUGCUUUGAGUUAGCUUUCACAUUUUUUACUAGCAUGUUUUAAAAACACAAUAGGUUAAUGUAGCACUACAUAGCAACCGGUCAGUGACCUGAAGAAGUUGGUCCCAGAUUUUAUUGAACUGCUUCAUGUAUGAACACGGACAUCAUAUAAAAAGUGUGAUUAAAUACCAAAUCACAUUUAGUCUACAAAUUAGAGCAUCUCAUCAUUA